CAGGUUUGUCGGCGAGAACUCGGUCGUCACCUGCCUCCGUCCUCGGCUGCGCAUUGCAAUUAUCCCCGGGGCCAACCAUUCUGCAGACCGACUCAGCAGCGCGUCAUGGCGUGCUCCGACGAGUUAGUAACGGCCUCCUGCUGCAGACGGCAACAGUGCUGUUCAUCCCAGUAGCCGCCAAUGUCACUCAUUGGUCUGUACCAAGCUGUUGAACCAGACGCCGGCCAGGACCUCAAGGCAUUUCAAUACGGUUGGUCGGUUCCGGACGUCUGGCGGACACCUCUUCGCGAGGGGUCCCGUCAGAUUGGUCAGUCGGUGUCCAGCAUCUUUGCCAUCCAAUGGCGGAGCCAGUCGGGCUACUACCAGAUUGGCAUGUUGGUCCUGGACCCAACUAUCCAACUGAUCGACUGGCUCAUUGUCGAUGCCAAGAAUGGAGGCGUCGGGUUUCGUAAUAAUAAGGUUCCGAUGCUCGUCCAUGAAUACGGCAGCACCUGGAUCGAGGACAUCCUCUUCGUCGAGCCAGAGACUCAUUGUGCGGAACUGAACUUCACCUUCGUCUACCAUCUCUCGCAGAUCAGCACCUUGAGACCCCGGCCUCGUUCUAUUUGCUCCAAUGCUACCGACUCAGACACCAAUAUCUCUACAAGUAGCAAGAACUUCAUGAUCGAUUGUCAAGCCAUCAGGCCCACCUUGACUUCGGAGGCUAUCUGCCGCUGCCGGUGGACUCGAAAUCCUGUAACCGGUCGUCCAAGGAGACGAGAUGAGCCGCAAUCCGGGUCACGCUGGGCCGUCUCUGUUUACAACUGUGCUUCUUCCAUCCGCGCCACGAUCCGCACCGUUGCCUUCCAGUACAACGGAACCGGCCUCGCCGACUUCAAAGUCACUUCCGCCUCACAAAAGACUUACCCCUCCCCAUCGGACCACCCCGUCUGGGUCGUCAGACAUGGACACCUCCCCCUCGGCUUCGCCCAACCCCUGUGGGGCCUGCUUGGCUACUCCGACGUCACCACCCCCCAUAACCCAGUCCCGCUUGCCAGGGAUAGUGAACCACAACACCGUCACGGACGGCAUCGACUACAUCUCGUCCAAGAUGGCCAAAAGCUGCCCGGGGUUGACUUCUACGUCAAGGCGCUGCAAAACACCUUCACCGUCCGCCGCGGGGGCGACGUCGGGUACGAGAGCUACCCCGGUUACUCAGGCCUGACGGGGCUGGCUUUGUACCAUAAUUGGCAGAACCUGAGCGCGACUACGGACGGAGCGGUCUAA